AUGUCUAACAAAGAUUAUUACCAACGAUGGUUGAAAAUAAAAGAACAGAUGAAAAUUGCAUUUUCCGAAGAUGAACGCUUACAAGAGUUAGCAGCGGCUUUCGUUGGAAUUAAGCCUCAAGGUACAGCAGUCGAAUUGGUUGCACGAGUAUAUUGCAAGUAUUGUGAUAUAUAUAACAAAUUAUGUGAUUGCUAUGAUCAAAUGCAUCAAGUACAAAGACGACCAUAUAUCCGAAAAAUUCUAGAUGCUAUUACGUGCAGACUUUAUGAAUUGAAAGCAACAUUGGAAGAUGUUGAAGCUUUCGAAUUUACAUACCCAGACAAUGCACUACAGCAGCUCCUCAUGGUUCCUCAAGAUAUUGAGGUUUUAUGUCCUUUUCAUUACCCAUUUGAAACAAGACAAGAGGAAAUGCAAUACAUUAUAGAUCAAAUCUUAUCCGGAAAUAGAAUCGGUGAUCCAACACCAACACCUUCCGAAAUUGAACGCAAAGAACAAGAGAGACUAGAAGAAGAAGAAAGAAUACGAGAAGAGAAAGAAGCGGAAUUAAAAAGAAAAAUGGCCAUGGGUGAAGACAUAUCUGAAGCAGCAUCAUCAAUACAACUCUCACCACAGGAAAUUGAAGAACAAAGGCUUUUGGCGGAAUACAAUGAACACGUUAAUAAUAUCCAAAGAAUGGAAAGGUCACGAUGUUUGAUAAGGGAGAAGGUACGAAAAUACAAUAAAGAUGUUAACUUGUAUUUGGAACUUGCAGGCACUAAAAAACCUCCAGCACGAGAAUCAUUACAAAUAAAAGCUGCAAAACUUAUACAAAAAAUAUACAGGCGGUUCAUGGAAAUAAAAAGAGAACAUAAGCGUGAUAUAAAACUUAAGGCGAAAUUAGGAAUGAUUAUUCCUUCUUGGACGCCACCGUCAGCAAAAAAUCAAUUGGAAAAAGUUAAAGAAGACAGAAGAAAAUUUAGACAGGUGUAUUAUACAAAAUGGUUAGAAGAGAAUUUGAAGGAAAAUGCACGUGUACUUAGAUUGAGAGAAGGCGACAUUAUGGAAGAUAUAUCCAGUGAAAUUCGACAAUGGUUUCGUGAAUGGUAUAAUGAAGUUCGUCUUUUCGAUGAAUUUCCCUGGCCAGAUGAAGGAGGAUCUAUUUUAAUAGUAAAAGGUGAAACAUUUACUAUAGAAGAAUAUAUCGAAUGGAGAACAGAGGAAGAUAAGAGACUUAAGGCAGAAGCUGGAGCCCCAAAAACAAAAGAACAAAUUAAAGCAGAAAAAUUAGCAGCUCGAGAAGAAAAAAGAAGGUUGGAAGCUGACGCUAGAAUCAGAGAACAAAAACGUUUACUUGAUUAUAAGAAAUCUCGCCUUAAUCCAGAUAACGAUCCUGGUAUUUAUAUAGCAAUAGGAAAAAGUUUAGAACCACUACAUGAAGCUUGGGAACUCUAUCAGAAUCAGUGGAAAGACAUUGACACGUCUGAUGCACCUAUUCAAGUAUUGAAGGGAUUUAUAAAAGAACUUGUCACUGAAAAUGCGUAUAAAGAUGUUCAAUUAAAAUUGCGACCAAUUGUAGAUGAUAUGAUGAGAUUGGAAUUAAACAUGUUAAAAAAUUCAUUGAAAUUGGAUUACAAUGCUGCAGGCAUUGCUAAACCACCACAGAGUAAAAAAAGAAAAAAACCUAAAAAAAUUAAGCCACCAAAGCCUGAAAAAAUACCUCCCGCCAGAAUGUUCCAAAUGUUAGUAGAUGAAGGAAUAGUCAGAAAGUAUCCCCGCAUCACAUUAGAUGAUUUCUGGGGAGAUAGAAACUACGCAGCUGCUGAUACGCGAGCUGUUCUGUGGACGCCAACAUUUCCUCCUCAUUGCAUUGGAGAUGUCAAAGAACAAAUAAGAAUUCGUUGCCUCCUCGCAAUGGGUUCAUCGUGUCCUAAUGCUACCAGAGCACAUCUUUUAAUAGGACCCAAAAGUUCUGGAAAGAGAAGUUUAGUAUAUGCCAUUGCAACUGAAACGAACUCAAUUUUGAUUGAUUUAUCUCCCAUGAACGUUUACGAUAAAUUCCCUGGUCCAAAAAAUUUGAAAACAAUGUUUCAACUUAUAAACAGAAUUAGUAGGAUAAUGCAACCCACUGUAAUACUUGUAGACAAUGCUGACAAAAUGUUCUAUAAAAAGGUUCCUAAGGAAGAAAAAAUGUUUGAUGUAACAAGGCUCCAAAAGGAUUUUUUCAAAGAAAUCAUAAAACCAAUUUCAUUAACAGAAGACAAAAUUCUUGUUUUGGGAACAGCCUCUGAACCCUGGUUAGCAAAAAAUGCUCCCAUGUAUAAAAUUUUUCCUUCUACAAUUUUAAUUCCCAGAACAGAUUAUGGUAGUAUAUCAUAUAUUCUAUCGAGGAUGCUAAUGAAAUAUCACGGAAUGGAUAGAGAGUUUGACGUGCAUUGUGUAGCUCAAGCACUGAGAGGAUAUGACAUUGAUAGCAUAAAAAAGGGCGUUGAUAACUUGUUGAAUGGACGAAGAGUCGCUCAAUUGUAUUAUAAACCAUUGGAGCCUAUGGAAGUGGUAGCAUCUGUUUUAGAUGCUGAUGGAGUUUUUACAGGUGAAGCAGACUUCGAAAUGUAUAAAGAUUGGUAUUAUUCCUAUUCUCCAUGGGGAACAAGAUAUUACGAUUAUAUGCAAAUGUUGGAAUCUCAACUUAUUUACAAGUUAAAAGCAGAAAAGAAGAAAAAAUAG